UGGACGAGACGGUGACUGACUGACGGCGGAGGAGGAGGAGGACGUUUCGGGGAGUGGUGGCUGGCCGAGCGAGAAGGUACGCGAUGACGACGCGGGAUCUCGUCGCGGACAGCCGGUGAAAAGGAGCGCGCGGGCUACGUCGCGCGUGGAUGUUUUGUUUGUCCUCUCCGGACCUAACCUACUUCACGGACGCAUCAUCGGCCGAUAACGCUGGCCGAUUGCGCGCGCGUGCGCCUGCCCGUGUGUGCGUGCGCGCGGACUCUCGUCUGGCACGCGUUCGACUACGCUAUCGCACGUCGCACGAUGACUUCAUCGUUUCGCGAAGGCACUUCCUGGUCUCUUUGUCAGUGUCCCCAUCGCCGUGACCGCCGCCUGUCCUGGGCGUGAUCCCUUACGUAGGACGGAUCCGUCGACGUUGGGCCAGGAGGAGGGUGAACGGAGGUCCUGCCAGGAGGGGAGAUUCGGUCGAUCCCGGGUGAUCGUCUCCUCCUCCAUCGGGACGGUGGCCGCGAAGAUGCUUCAUAGACGCAACCGCGGUAGAAGACGUGUUCCCGCUGCGACGUACGUUGGUAGUGCGCAAGAUGAACUCGCUGUUGAAGACGGUCAACUCCAUCGCGAUCAACAGGAAGAGGAACUUCCUCGUCAGGGACUCCCUGCAGAAGCAGCUCAGCACCAGCGUCAUGGAGAUGCAGAGCGCGCCCAGGGUGGCCGACGUCGUGGGCAACUGCGACGAGACGAUGAGCCUGUGCUCCGUGUUAGAGGCUGUCUUCCUGCACGGCUUGAAGGACAGCCUGUUGAAUCGAGUUACCGAGGCCUUGAGCGGGCCCGACUUCGACGCCAUGCCGCAACCGAGCUUCUGGGGCCCGCUGUUGGUCUUCUCUCACCGCCAGAUCAUAAAUCAGAUACAGGAUCUGAGCCAGGUCACCACGGAGGUCGGUUACUGCCGCGCCUGGAUACGAAUGGCCCUGAACGAGGGUCUGUUAGCUAGCUACUUCAGCGCCAUAAAGCGGGACAACUCGGCCUUGAAGCCGUAUUACAACCGUGCAGCCUACAUCCGGGACACUGACUACGUUGAGGUGGCGCAGAGGCUGAUAGAGACCCUGGAUUACGUGCGCUUCGAGUUGGUCUGCAACAGCAGCCUCUUGAACUUCUGGUCCACCACGCCGUUGCUCAUCGCUGGCAUCUGGUCGCCACCGAUGAAGUCUUGCCCUGUGUUCAGCGCGGUGGACAUCGCGAAAACGAUCACCACCGAGAUGACCGACAAUGAGAACGUCGACGAGAUAGAGACCGCGAGUUCCAUCGGCAGUUUGGGCUCCUUCGCCUCCUCGCAGUCCAUGUUCAAUAACAUAGCGUCCAUCUCGGAGGACCAGGCCUUGAAGAUCAUCCUGGCCAAUGAUCAGUCCAGCAGUGUCCUCCAAGAGCUGCACAAUUCUACGGAUGCUGCGCCGGGCAGAGCGGAGGAGGAGAAUGUCGACCGACAAGAGUUACACGACAAUUUGACGGACGGUGUCGUGAUGAGGAGCCGAGAGGAGCAGAAGCGACAGAUCAGGGAGGUGCAACGGAUGGCGAACGGCAAUGCGGAUGAGAAGAAUGCUGACGCGAGCGUUGCUGCUGAUGCGGAGGACUCGUCGUCGUCGCAGGAUGCUCCGAGGGAGAACGAGAUGGUCAACGACAUGGCCGGGACUACUGUAGGCAAUUCAUUGAUAGGGAGAAUGGGAUGGUCCACUUCGUUCGAAGAGUGCCAAUCUUCUUUAACUUCAUCUGUGAUAUCUCACGGCUCGGCAACGGACGCGGCCUGCUCGCCCGGCGACGGUUCCACGUACGACGCGCUCAUUCAGAGCUACCACACCGGCGGGAAUAGCACGGUGCCGAAUCUGCAGGAAUUCCUAAAGAAGUAUCCAAAGAGAGAGACCGUCGACGAAGAGCCCAAGGCCGAGUCGAAGGUUGUGACAAAUCUCGACGAGCAGUUGGGUAACCUGCCGCGUGAGAAGGGUUUGGACGUGCAGAAUUACAGUUGCUACGAGUGCGGCGAAACGAUCGGCAUGACGUUUUCCAAGGCGCACGUGUGCUCGUACUCGGGCGAUUACUUUUGCUCCAAGUGCAUGGCGGACGGGCAGUAUCUCGUGCCGUCCCGCGUGAUUCACAACUGGGACCUGAGGUAUCACCCGAUUUGCCGGAAGGCCGCCGCUUAUCUGCAGGGCAAGCCGGACCUCUUGGACAUGAAGAUCCUCAAUCCGAGGAUCUACAAGGCCGUGGACACCAUGGCCCAGUUGCAGUCGUUGCGUUUACAGCUGAAUCUGCUUAGAGCUUACUUAUUCACGUGCCGUGAGCCUAUCAUCGAGUCCCUGCAAAAGAAAGUCGCGCCAAGGGACUACUUGUACGAACACGUUCAUCAAUAUUCCGUUUCAGACCUUCUCGACGUACCGAACGGGAUCCUCGCGCAGCAACUCCAGAAGGUCGUCGAGUUCGCGAGGGGUCAUGUGAUAAAUUGCUGGCUCUGCAGUCAGAAAGGUUUUAUAUGCGAGGUGUGUAACAAUCCAAAGGUUAUCUAUCCGUUUGAUAUGGAGUCCACAUUCCGGUGUGGGGCGUGUAACGCUGUGUUUCACGCGGACUGUUUAAACGCUAGCAAACCGUGUCCAAAGUGCGAACGCAGACGUAAACGGAUGGAUUUGCCGCUUUUAGAUAUGGGCUGUACAGACCUACCGAAUAGUAGUGUGUCCUCAUUUCCGAUCGACACGAAUUAAUGAAAAUCUUUGGUUAAUUUUAAUAACGACAGUUUGAUGAGUUUCUUUUCUUUUUUAACAUUUAAGCAGUAUUGUUUGUAAUAAAUGAUAAUUCGCAUUUCGAACAAAUUGAUUUCAACAGACGCGAUGAACCAUUAAUCUUCGUACUUCGUUCAUAAAAUCACGUAUAUCGAGACUUGAUGUUUUCUCGUGUAAAUAACAUUAACAAAUAUCACGCCCGCUGUGCUACAUAUAAGAACGUGUAUGGAAUUGAACAAAUCUAUCCAUAUUUUUUAACGAUUAUCCGAAUCACGUGCAUAUAUGCGACCUGUAAUUUAUGAUUUGUCCGCCUUAAGUAACAAUAGCAGUUGAGAAGAUUGCUUAUGUGUAAACUCAGCUACAAAGAAACGACUAUUUGUACUCUAUGAGACUGGCAGCUUUCUAUACAUAGGCGAGAACGCGUUGUGUCUUUGCAUAAUAUGCAAGUUUAUUGUAAUUUUAUGUACAAAAAGUAGUAAAAUAUAUGAAGUCAUCUAUUUACCAUA